AUAUAUGUAUAUGCUUUCUAUAUAUACAUGUCAACAAGGAAGCGGCAUCAAAGCUCCCAAAGCUACAAAAUUUUUUGUCUGGAAGAUCUAGAUAGAUGAAGAAAGAAACAGAGAGACGAAGUCGACGAUUGGUGUUAGUUCCAUGUCCAUUACAAGGCCACAUUAAUCCGAUGCUUCAACUUGGCACAAUUCUUGAAUCCAGGGGCUUCUCCAUAACAAUUGCUCACACCAGUUACAACUCCCCCAACCCUGAAACCCACCCUGAGUUCAGCUUUCUUCUCAUUCCCGACGGCUUAUCAGACCGUGAUAUCUCGUCUGGGGAUUUGAUAUCUCUUGUAUUGAAUAUUAACCAUAAUUGCAAAGAAAGUUUGAAUCAACUGAUUCAACAAGAAGAUCCACAUAGGAAAGAGAUAGCCUGCAUCAUCUCUGAUGAACUCAUGUAUUUUGCCGAAGCUGUGGCGGCUAAUUUGAAGCUCCCUAGCAUCGUCCUACGAACCACCAGUGCUGCCACUGCGCUUGCUUGGUCUGCUGUCCUCGAACUCAAGGCACAGGGUCUCAUACCCUUCCAAGACUCUCGGUCACAUGACUUGGUUCCCAAGCUUCAUCCCCUGAGAUUCAAGGAUCUUCCCAUCUCCAUAUUUGCAGAUUUUGAAACUGCUGCAAAACUAGCAGUUUACUCUUACCGAAAUAGGACUUCUUCUGCGGUCAUUUGGAAUACCAUGGAUUGCCUCGAACAGUCACGUUUAUUACAAGUCCAACAAGAACAUAAAGUUCCAAUCUUUCCUAUAGCUCCUAUGCACACGAUUGCUCCACACACAUCAGGUAGCUUACUUAAAGAGGAUAGAAGUUGCAUGGAGUGGCUAGACAAGCAAUCCCAUAACUCUGUUAUUUAUGUAAGCUUGGGGAGCAUAGCAUUUUUAAGUGAGAAAGAAGUAGAAGAAAUGGCAUGGGGACUAGACAACAGCGAGCAGCCUUUCUUGUGGGUAGUCAGACCCGGUUCCAUUUCCGGCUCGGACUGGAUUGAGCUAUUACCUCAAGGGUUCAGAAAUGGUGUUGGUGAGAGGGGAUGCAUUGUGAAAUGGGCACCACAGAAGGAAGUUUUGGCUCAUGAAGCUGUUGGAGGUUUUUGGAGCCAUUGCGGAUGGAAUUCAACCCUGGAAAGUAUAUGUGAAGGAGUUCCAAUGAUAUGCAGACCAUGUUUUGGUGACCAAAGAGUGAAUGCAAGGUAUGUGAGCCAUGAAUGGAGGAUUGGAAUUGAGUUGGAGAAGCUGGAAAGAGAAGAGAUUGAAAGAGCAGUAAGAAAACUUAUAUUAGGUAAUGAAGGGAAGGAGAUGAGGGAAAGGGCCAAAGAUUUGAAGGAGAAAGUUACAGUUUAUACUAGAGAAGGCGGUUCUUCCUACAAUUUCUUGAACGAGCUCGUGAACUUGAUCAUGUCUUUUUAGUUGCAGCAGUGGUUUUGUCCUCGUUUGGAAGGGCCAAGUUAAAGGGUGAAAUUAACCCGCUUCUACAUAUCUUUAUUUUAGAUUCUGUAUACACAAUUUAGAGAAUUAUACAUUAUGAUUUUAUUUUUUUUAUUUUUUUAUUUUUUCCUUAGUGGUUCCACAUAGAUUCCACUCCUAUAUAUUCAUAUUAAAAACAUGAACUUUCUUUAUUGAAAGAAGAAAAAGAUAAAA